UUGUAAGAGGAACGACCCAAAACAAACAGUAUGCCUCACAAGACUUCAAAAACUUCCUCAGAUGGUAAAACACACUCUAAACAUAAGGAGAAACCAGCUGAGAAGCAGCAACACGGGAUUCAAGCAUCAAAAAAGCAAGAUCUUCAGCCCCCAUCCCAGAUGAAAGAGGAAUUCAAUUUAGAAGGAGAUGGUUGUGAAGAUCGUGCAGUUACUGUCAUUGAAACCAUCAUCAUCACAGAGAAGAUUGCUGCUAAAACCCAAGGGAAGAAGAAGAAGAAGCAUGCACAACAUGGAACACCAAAACCUGAAAAUGAUCCACCGAGUGACAUAGGGAGCAGAAGCACUCAGAAGAGCAUGAGUGGCAAGACCGAGAACCUUGACCUGAAGGUAGCAUCAAAUGGUCUGGAUAAACCAGCAUCUCAACUUCCCACUAAAAUGGAUGUUACUAACAAAGAUAGCACUCAGAAAGUCAUUUCAGUGAGACCCAAAGUAGAACCCUACUUUGGCAGCGUAAAUGCCACUCAGAAAGCCACCCCUAUAAAACUCAAAGUAGAUGCCGGUAACACAGCCAAGAUGGAAAAUAAAACAUGCACCUCUGAUCCUCCGAGCAUGUGUUUACCCAGCAUGCUGAAUGAUGACAUCAAGCGCAGGCGAAUCGCAGAUGAUCUGUCUGGAGCAGUUCCGAUAAGGACGAGGCCACAGCUGCCCGCUAUUUUCCGCCAAGCAAGAAAAGAUGGAGAAGAUAUGACCCGGAGAGCUUACAGUGAGGUUGUCAAGCAGAAGACUCCAGUACCCAAAGAAGUUGUGGUUCCUCGUGUAGUCUCAGAGAUCCAGGCUGACCCAGUCCCUGCUGACCCCCAGAACAUCUUGCUUUGGUGCAAGUUUAGUCCCGUCCCACCAGAUGCCACCAUUAAGUGGACUAAAGAGGGAACAGAGCUGUCAGAGAUAAACAAAGUAGAGAAGGAUGACGGCCGCAUCACUUUGACAAUCGUAAAGGCUUGCAGGAAAGAUCUAGGGCUGUACAAAUGCAGCCUAAACGCCGCCAACAUUUCUGUUUCGACCUCAGUGUACCAUCUCACGUCUGAGGGUAAGAUAUAGAGGUCUGCUUUCCCAGACUAAUGAUUAAGGAGGCUAUAAAUUAAGAUUUUAAUUUGCUGAUGUACUCCAUGACUAAGCGAAAAGUUAAAGCAGAAACACAUGCUCUGAAGUUUCAGCAGGGUGAAUGAGGUAAUAGUUUUAAAGAAAGCCAGAUAAAGUCUUCUCCUGCUUCCAAAAUGGCUCACUGCAUUUAAUACAAUUCAACAGUUAAUUAAGUAGAUUAAGUAUGCAUCUGUGUAGCAUGAAUACAAUCCAUACAUAAUACACUACUGUUAAAAAGUGUUUCUGUUCAUCAAGGACUCCUAAAAAUGUAUCAGUUUCCACAAUUCCAAAUGUUAAGCAGCACAACUUUAUUUCAUAUAUAGGUUGCAUUUUUGAUCCCAAAAAAAUAUAUAUCAAGAAAUAUUAUUACAAUUUAAACAGGCAUUUUCUUACCAGACAUCCUUUUAUAUGUCUGCAAAAAUGUAAAUAAAUAAAUAAAUAAAUAAA